GGGGGAACGGGGCGGGGCUUCGGAGCGGUCUCCCGGUUACCGAGAGGCGGAGCUACGGAGGUGUUGUGGCCCGGAUGUCGGGGCGCUGCCUUCGGGUUCGCUGAUCCCCUUUCUCCUGCUGGGGAGCUCGCUAGCGGCCAAUGGCUGUCGAUAUUCAACCAGCAUGCCUUGGACUUUAUUGUGGGAAGACCCUGUUAUUUAAAAAUGGCUCAACUGAAAUAUAUGGAGAAUGUGGGGUUUGCCCAAGAGGGCAGAGAACAAAUGUACAGAAGUACUGUCAGCCCUGCACAGAGUCUCCGGAACUUUAUGAUUGGCUCUACCUUGGAUUUAUGGCUAUGCUGCCUCUUAUUUUACAUUGGUUCUUCAUUGAAUGGUACUCGGGGAAAAAGAGCUCCAGCGCGCUCUUCCAGCACAUCACCGCGUUAUUGGAGUGCAGCGGGGCAGCGGUCAUCACUCUGCUCGUGAGUGACCCGGUCGGCGUGCUCUACAUCCGGUCCUGUCGCGUCUUGAUGCUCUCAGACUGGUACACGAUGCUUUACAACCCAAGCCCAGAUUACGUCACUACAGUGCACUGUACUCAUGAAGCAGUCUACCCACUGUACACCAUCGUGUUUAUUUAUUACGCGUUCUGCUUAGUGUUGAUGAUGCUGCUCAGACCCCUUCUUGUGAAGAAGAUCGCGUGUGGUUUGGGGAAGUCUGACCGAUUUAAAAGUAUAUAUGCUGCGCUUUAUUUCUUCCCGAUAUUGACUGUGCUUCAGGCAGUUGGUGGAGGCCUUUUAUAUUAUGCCUUCCCAUAUAUUAUAUUAGUGUUAUCUUUGGUUACCCUGGCUGUAUACAUGUCAGCUUCUGAAAUAGAGAACUGCUAUGAUCUUCUGGUCAGGAAGAAAAGACUUAUUGUUCUCUUCAGCCACUGGUUACUUCAUGCCUAUGGAAUAAUCUCCAUUUCCAGAGUGGAUAAACUUGAGCAGGAUCUGCCCCUUUUGGCUUUGGUACCUACACCAGCACUUUUUUAUUUAUUUACUGCAAAAUUUACCGAACCUUCACGGAUACUCUCAGAGGGAGCCAAUGGACAUUGAAUAUGAAAUGCCAAAAAACCUAAGAAGUAUUCUUAAUAAAAACAUAAAGAAAAUUUUAAAAAUGUAUUAGUACCCUUCUGUCAUACACAGCCACACGACUGUCAGUAUGUCAUAAUGUUUUGUGUUUUGGUUUGUGACUUAACAGACCUUAUGGUUAGGCUUGGGAAAUAGAAAAUAUCAUGAUACUCUGUUAGUAUAAUAUUAUUUAUCACACUCUAAGCCUAUGAGGAAGUCUUAGCUGUUCUUAGAGCCCAGUCAUGUUUUUGUGUACCUAGUAAUGGGUUGUUCUUGUUUCAUUAAGAAAAACUUCAACACAUGCAAUCUGAAGUCCCUAGUGGUGGCAUAUUGUGCAGCUUGUUGUAGUACAAUUUGUUUUUUCGCCUAUGAUGAAUUACAGUCAUACUUGUGAAGUCUGGUAGCAAACAUGGAAAUAAAGUAUUUUGUUUUUGGUAAACUAUUUAUUUUCACCAAUACAGUAUUUGGAUAAUAUUGCAAAAAUAGAGCAUAAUUUAUAGAAUAGGUUUUGUGUUUAUAGGUAGUUUGGUGGAAGACAUGUUCAGAUUAUUGCUCCUGUAAAGAAAACAAUAAAAAGAGCAUAAGUACAAAAACGUCAAA